CAACAUAUAGACAUAUAGAAAAACCCUUGGGUGAGUAUCUAGCAUGACAAAAGAUGCAAGGAAGUGCUCUCAUUGUGGGCAGAAUGGACACAAAUCAAGAACAUAUAAUUAUAAUUCAAAAGGAAUCAAAUUAUUUGGAGUUAGGAUCGACGAUACGACUAAUAAUAAUCACCAUGUUGAUACAAAAAUGAAGAUGAAGAUUGGAGAUCAUGAAUCAGCCAUAAGAAGGAGCAAAAGUCUUGGUAAUCUUGAAAUUCAUGACCACAAUGCCGUCGUUGACGCUGGCUAUCUUUCUGAUGGGCCAAGAAAUAGUAAAAAAGGAACAUCAUGGACAGAGGAAGAGCACAGAUCUUUCUUAAUUGGCUUAGAAAAGCUUGGAAAAGGUGAUUGGAGAGGAAUUUCAAAAAGUUAUGUGCCUACAAGGACUCCAUCCCAGGUGGCUAGCCAUGCCCAAAAGUAUUUUAUCAGAAUCGCUUCAAAUGAUAAAAAGAAACGUCGGCCUAGUGUCUUUGAUGUCAAUCUAAGAGAUUCGAAUUCACAGAUUCCUUCUAAAACUUCUUCUUCUUCUUCACCUUCUAUCUCAAAAAACAUGGUUCCUGAAGUCCCGAAAGAGGCGAGUGCCCCAUUGGAGCAACUGUUCGACACUUGCCAAAUUAAAGGACAGGCUGCUCCGUGUGCAAGGCCCCCACUUUCACCGAUGACUAGACCCUUUGGAGUCCCUGACUUACGCCGCAUGCCUUAUUUGAUGGGUGUACCCAGGGGCCUUACAGCAGCCAAAGUAAUAGCACCUACAGUCUCUUGGGUUCCUGUAUUCAAUUUCCCACCUAAUCAAAGCCAUCUAAAUUACCGAUUUGCUCCUUUUGUGGCACGGCCACCUACUACUGGUCUAUUGUCACACCUACCACCGCCUCCUCAGGUUCAAUCUCAACCAGGGCAUUCAACUCCAGUCACAAAUAACGAUGGUUUAAACAUCAGUAUUGGAGCACUUUGAGUUUUAUUUUUUAAGUCAUUCUUUACAAAAGUUGGGCAAUUUUUGGGUCGUUCUUUUGCCUAGCUACUUUUUGCUUUGCUUUAUUUAUUGAGGUAAAGAGAAUAGAAGUUGAUUGUUGAUUUAUAGUGAUUGUUCUUAUGUUUUCUUGUGGAUUCAAUAAUUAGCAGUUUUGGGUGGAUUUUCAGUAUUAUAUUGAAUGAUGCAUUUUGACAUAAUU